AUGUGGCAAAACAACCUCUCCUCCAAGUUUGGCAAACCACCACACAGCUCCUCCACGGGCAGAAAGAGGGGCCCCAGCCACACCAGAGUGACGGGGCCGGUGUUCGGACACCAGGUGGACUCGUGUUCGGAGCCCGAGGACGACAACCAGAUGAAGUUCUACACGGAGCAGCACCGGGGUCAGAGACGCAUCAAAGGUCACCCACCCAGUCCUCUGAACAAGGUCAACCUGACGUUGAUCACCAUAAUCACCUGCGUGGUCGCAGCCGUCUUCGCCACGCAGAACCCGUGCACGCUGUCCGUCAAGGUCACCCUGCACGUGCCUGAGCACUUUGUAGCAGACGGAAGUAGUUUUGUGGUGAGCAUGGGCAGCUUCCUGGAUGUUUCAAAUUGGCUGAACCCUGCCCAGCUGACCCUCUACUACCAGACUAACUCGUCCACCCAGUGGGUGAGAGACUACUGCGGCCAGCGCACGACGGAGCCCUGUGAGCAGCUGUGUGACCAGGAGACAGGAGAGUGUAGCUGUCACGAAGGCUAUUCCCCUGAUCCAGACCAUAAUCAUCUCUGUCUCCGUAGUGACUGGGGGCGCAACGAAGGGCCGUGGCCGUACACAAACCUGGAGAAAGGCUAUGACCUAGUUACAGGAGAACAGGCCCCAGAGAAGAUAUUCAGGUGCUUCAGGGGAAUGCAGAGCAUGCACCUGGUGAUGCCUGAGGGGAGCGUUGCCCACGGUAGAGACACAUAA